CGGGGCGGGCGCUGCUGCCGCCGCCGCCCCGGAGCGCCCGGCCCGCUCCGGGCAGCGCUCCCGGCAGCUCGCUUCGGUAGCUGGUUUGUUUUGGAGCGCUUCCUGGCACGACCUCAGAGCUGCCUCUCGGCCUUUAUCUCCGCCUGAUAGUGCAAGAUUUGUGUGAUUGUUACAUAUUUUCCCCGUGGAGGAUGCUCAGGACCGCAGAAGCCGCGGUGUGUGCCGUGGGCAGCUCCGCUGGGUGAGGGGUCACCGUGUCGUGUUCCGGGUGUCGGGAGCCAAGGGGCCGCGCACGGAGCCCCGCAGCGCUGCCCGGGAUGCGGGUUUCCAUCGCGCUCCUCUCUCACACCGCACGCGUGGCUCAGCGAGGGCAGGGGCAGCUGUUGCGCUGCAGCUGCUUUUAGAUAAACCAAGAAAUACAACCGAUUAAAGUUUGUGGUGCCGCUCAGACUCAUCCAUCAUCAGUGCUUUGCAGUUGCGAGGUUUCUAGUUUUUAUUUAAGGAAAGCUUGAAUGUUACUUGGUUUGGAGUUUUGUGCGUGGUUUAGAAACGUUUUCUCUCGAGUUUGAUGUGAAGCGCAGUCUAGUUACCCGAAUUAUGUCGUGUAUGAAAGUUCCAUAUAAUUUGAAAUAAAGUAACUCACUUCCUCAUCUGCCCAGACAUCUGACAUGCAAAGCUGCAAACUCUGCCUUUAUGCAGCUGUUAAAAAUGCUUCACGGAUUAUAAAUUCGCAAUUUCACUCCACUGACUUGCUUUAUUUUGAUUUUUUCCCUGCUUUUGACAAACAGUAUUUUCAGCCGUUGAAUCUGCUACUUUCCAGAGCCAUUGUUCCAGUGAUGCUGUUGGAAAACACAGCAGCCUCCUGACGGUCAGAUAAAUGUCACUGUCCUCCUCCAAUGGCUAAAAACAGACCACAACUCUUCGGGAGGUGGUGGAGUGCUGCCCGGGUGACUGACAGGCGGCUGUGUUCCUGCGUUUCACUCGGUUCUCCUUGGGUAACGCUGGUGCUCACACGCCGCUUCUGAUCAUGAGUUCUCCUUGGUGAACUCCUGUUCUGCCAUCCCAGAGCAGUUUGUGCCUGCUUGAGUCAGGCCUUUGCCUUGAGAGAGAACGUGGGGGAAAAUGUAGUUUGUUGGAGUUUAUAAAUUUUCUAAGGGACGUUGCAUCUUAAUGUACGUGGUGGUGUUUUAAGGUCAUACUUAACAUCUUGAAUUCCUUGGUUUUUCUCUAAAUGUAUGGCACGUGGACUCAAAAUCCGUGGAUGUAUGAGGUGGCUAUGGUGGAAGUUCAGCUUGACCCAGACCACGACUAUCCUCAGGGGCUCUUGAUAGCCUUCAGUGCCUGCACUACUGUGCUUGUUGCAGUUCACCUUUUUGCACUCAUGAUAAGUACCUGCAUCCUUCCAAACAUAGAGGCUGUUAGCAAUGUGCAUAACCUCAAUUCUGUCAAGGAAUCUCCUCACGAGCGCAUGCACCGGCACAUUGAGCUUGCAUGGGCAUUUUCCACUGUCAUUGGGACUUUGCUCUUUCUUGCAGAAGUGGUGUUACUAUGCUGGGUGAAGUUCCUUCCUUUAAAGAAGAAAACUGACAACACCCCACAGAGCAACAGUUCCACCAUCACAUCAGGACAGGCAGCAGCCAUUGCAUCAACGUCCAUUAUGGUGCCCUUUGGAUUGAUUUUCAUUGUGUUUGCAGUCCACUUCUACAGGUCACUGGUGAGCCACAAAACAGACAGGCAGUUUCAGGAACUCAAUGAACUUGCUGAAUUUGCACGGCUCCAGGAUCAGCUGGAUCACAGAGGUGAUGCUGUCACCUCAGCCGUCACCAAUUUUGUGUAAACCUGUGCUUAAGAAAAUAAAUCCACUAUUCUGCUUCUGCCUUAUGGUGACUCCCUGUGGAUGAACUGGUUGAACUGCUGAUUACUGUUUAUAAAUAUUAUAAAUAUUGUUCUAACUCUUUAGAGAGGGAAAAGAUGUUCCUUUCAUACAAGUUUUGCUAUCUGAAGGAAUGGAUGGUGGGUUGUGACUGCACUGUGCGUGCAGCCCUCCUCCUGUGAACACUGUCUCGCAUCUUUCUUGUUAAUGCUGAGUGUUGGCUGUAUAAAUACAUGGAAAAUAACAUUGUACAUUUGGGUAGUUGUUAGGAAUGGAUAGAGAAGUUGUGGAUUUUUUUUUCUCUGUUUAUCUGAUGUUGGCAUUUACUAGAAGAUACUGCUUGUCCUAUCCAUAUUGCAUGGCAUGAUACAAAUUACUUGGGACAUGCAGCAAUUAGCGCUCGGUUUCGGUGCUAGCGCUGCUCUCCCUGCAAAGCCUGACAGAUGGUAGGAGUGAAAGCUUUCCCAGCACUUUCCCCCAAUAUGUUUUGCUGCCAAGUAAUCAUUACUUUGCUGAUUUCUCCAGUGCCUUUUUCCCGUGGCACUUACACAUUUUGUAACUUGCUAAACACCCAGGACUAGACUUACUGCGAUGUGGUGUGGCCACACGAGUAGGAAUGAGACUCAACUCUUCUCUUCCAUGGAAGAAAAUAAAAGCAAUAACUGUUUUAAAGUUCUCAUGAGCUGGCACAUGUUAUCUGGAGAGAUAGAUUUGCCUGUUUUCUUUUAAGAAUACUUUUUUGAAAAGAAGGAACUAGAUGGAGAUUAUCACUGGAUAAUUUUUUUUGCUUGAAAAUCAGAACCACUGCUGGUUUUUUUCCAAACCAAAGUAGUAAUUAUUUUAUACUUUUAUAUUGAAAAUAUAUUUUUAAUAAAUCCUCAGAAGCAAGCAGCAAAAGGUGCUUUAUCUGUGUUGGAUUCCCAAGUAAUUAGCUAUGCCUUGGUCUUCCUUGUUUAGAAAGGUAUUCUUGCUGAAGUCUUGUAUUUAAUAACUCAUACAUAUUUGCUUCCAAAGGAUCUGGAAGACAACUUUUCUUGAUGUAUAUUUAUUUAUGAAAGUAGGUUAUUUGUAAUUAAUACUGCUGCUUUCUUUCAGACACCUCUGUGACAGCAAAGCUACUGUGUUGUUAAUUUCCUCUAAGCAAAAAUCCCCAUGUGGUCUCCUAGAUAAGAGGUUUGGCCAAGAAAGGUUCCAGCAGUUGUCCUGGGCUGCUUCGGUAAUUCUGGCUGUGUAUAGGAGUUUAAUUUUUUGGAGUACAGUUCUUCUGUAGAGUAACUUUGGGCUUUAGUGGUUAAAAGCUGUUUUUUGAACACAAACUGAGACAAGUUUCAAGCCAAAGGGGAAAAAAAAAAACCAAACUAGCUAUCACUAGUCAUAGCUAUCACUAUGGAAUAGAAACCUGGGAUUUUGCCAUGAGACAGGAGGGACUGUGACAGUCCAGUGGAGCCAUGCCUGACAGCCUGGGCUGAAUGUGGUUUCUCACACCAGCCUCCAUCUCAGGUUAUUCCAGCAUACUUGCAAUCUGCACAAAGUGCCAGUGGAGUUCAGGUGCAGAGUGUGGUUACUCCUGAAGCAGAUGGUAACUGAUCUCUCCUGUCAGCAGCACUGCAGUGCAAAGUGUUGACAAUGUCACCUGUGGUGCCUUUGUACUCUAAAAACAUAACUAUAAAAAAACAAACCCAAAACCAAAAACCUUUGUGAUUCACAAGCAGCAAACAGCUUUCUACUUGGUGUUUUCACCUCUGAAGUGAAAGUCCUGGCACACAGAGGCCAAAGUGGAUUUUCUCAGCUCUGCCAUUACAUGCUUCAAAUAUAUUCUAUUCCUGAGGUAAAUCUCAUGGUGAGGAUUUUAACUGCAGACUCACAAGUGUUUGUUCAUGGAGCACUGGAAGCAUUGCUUUAGUAAAGGCAAUAAGGAAGCAGCAUUCCAAACCACAAAAUGUUGGUAGUAGGCACAAAAUGUGUUUUCCCAUCCAAGACAGAACUUUACCAGUUCUGUCUUGGGGAAACAGGCCCCUAAAAUCCCCCACUAAAGGCAGAAAACCUGACCUGGUAUCUGUACCAGAGCAAUUGAUUGGAAGGGUGUGGUCAGGUGUAAAAAUUUUACUUCUGUCUGUAAAUUUUGUAUUUAGAAGUCAUAUGGUUCUGGAUGGAAGUCCAGAAAAUCAGUUUUCUGAGUUUAUUUUGUAAAAUUCAUUGCUGUCCUGGAUAACUAGCUGAAUUUUUCUUUGAUUUGUGGAUCUUUUACAAAGUGACUAAGAAGUGUGGGAUUUUCUUGUUGUUUAAGAUACACAGAAUUAGAAGCUAGUGGGACAUGGUUAUUUUUAAUUUUCUCAGGCUGGUAGGCUCUGAGCUAAUAGCACUGUUAUUACAGCUAAUUUUCUGACUAUUUUCUGCACUUUAAGCCAUGAUAUCUAGUAUGCUUUUGUCAUUUUCCACCAGUGGAAAUGGUCAUGAAAGUUACUCCUUGGGUACCUUUGUCACUGUGUACCCAGGCAGUAACCAGACACAAACAUGUGGAUCUAAGCAUUGAGUGCACUUAAAUUUUUUUAUCCCUUAUUUAUACUAACGAUGUUAGGCAUUUACCUCAAUCAUUGUAAACAUUGGUUAUUGUAUAUCACUUAUUUGGGUAUAAAAUACUUUCAUGGAAUAAAAUAUA